AUGCCUUUGCGCGGAAUUCGGACCUCAACGGCGGCCAGGAACGGCGCCGGAGCCUUUAUCCUACAAUGCAAACGUCUUGACUUCCACUACUGCAAUUGGGCAGGCAGCUCGAAGGGCAUGGUCACGUUCCUGGAGCAAUUCCUCCCCGCCUUCGCUCGCGAAAACCCUCAGAUUGAGAUCCGUGUCUCUCCUCGACCCCAAAAGCACCCUCUUAUCAAGGGACUCUACAUCAACGGCCGUGAGAAGCCUGUAUGCGUACGAAACCUGGAGCCUAGCGAGAUUCUAAAGAAAGCAAACCUUCUCAAGGAAGCCAGCGGGGAGAAGCUGAAGCGUACGAAGAAGCCAGUGACAAGUUUGAACGAGAGUGUGCGUGGUAUCUGGUCGCCAUACCACGGUGAUUUGCGCGGUGUUUAG